AUGCCUCGCCUGGCAGUGUCUUCCAUGGCGGCCGUGGCCGCACUGGCGGCCGGGGCGGCUUUCGUUGCAGCGCCUGCAAGAGCGCCCGUGGUUCCUAACAAGCGCGGGCUUCGGCAUCUUCACUGCCGACGCCGGCCCCAUCGGGAAUGGCUUCGUCUGCCUCUGAACCUGCUGGCUGGGGAUUGGCGGCAGCAGGCAGAGUCCUUGUCGCUUAGCGCGUGCGAAGACUUUUGCCUUUCGGGCCCGUUGACAGGCCUGGCCCUCGGUGCGCACGUGGGCUUGGCAGCAGCCUGGCGUUCCAGAGCUUCCACAGCAGCCCGGGCUGCAAAAGAUGCCCCCGCCACCAAGUAUGUCGAGACCGUCGCCGACGAGAGGCUGUUCGAGCAGGUCUACCUGCAGUACACGUCCGAGUACUUGAAGGGACCGCUGUACUGGCACCCCGACAAGCUGCAGGGCUGGCUUCCCGACUACCCCGGCACGCCAAUGAUCAAGGAGGGCAAGUACACCUCCCACGUCAUCGGAAACCUGAAGGCUUUCAGCUCCAACGAGCUCGCAUUCUUGUCGAUGCUUUUCUUUGGAGUUGGCCUCUACGGCAACCUGCAGUUCAACUUCUACGACCCCCAGUGGGCGAAGGUUGAUGCGGGUGGCUUCUUCAAUGUCUCCUACAUCGUGGAGUCCUUCUUGCUCCCCAUCUCCUUCUUCAUGCACAUUGCCUGCUACAUUCAGAGACAGAAUGGCAAGUGA